UUUCAUAAUGGUGAAUAAGUUAACAUGUGAAUAGAAGGUGUGGUAAAUGAAAAUAAAAUUGUAGCAAGGUUGCAUAGCGGUAUAAAACAAGAGUUUAAAGAUAAAUGACAUUCAUGUUAUAUUCUAGUGUCAGUUCACGGAUCCUGCAAUGAAGCUUAUGCUCUGGCUUCUAGCCCUCUCUGGCUAUAUCAUAACAGUCCGAUGCUCCCUGAGUACGAUAGUCGCCAAUCCUGGGGGGAUUGGUGGUAUUUAUCGUGGUCCAAACUCUGAAACAGUUAUCAAGGGACCAGAUGGAAGUCUCAUAACAUCUCAGGAAACAGGCGGCUCAAUUCAAACCAACUCCAAACUGGAACCCAUCAUAGUAGCUGAAUCAGAAAUCGCUUCUCCAAUCGCACCAGAAAUAGUUCCUGACGUCAGCCCUGUUCCAUUAGCUCCACUAUCAUCACCAGACGUUCCUAUAGCCACUCUCAUUCCGCCUCUGGAACCAGUCAUUUCUGCCACGGUAGCUCCAAUAACAGCUUCGGUAUCUCCGGUUAUUGCAUCAGUCAAUCCAGUAGUUGAACCUCAUGUGGUGGAGAUCAUAGAACAGGAUCCUCAUAUCAUUGAAACCGAAAUAGUCGAUGCUCCAGAUGUUGAACCUGAACUGUCUUCCGAUCUGGUAGGACCGUCAGGAAGUAUUUCUACUAGAGGAUCUAGUUCCGUCGUUUCUGGUCCAGCUUCAACGACAAUAUCAAAGCCUGCUAGAGUGGUGAUAGCUGCACCUGUCCUGCCUAUUGUUCCAGUUAUAUCAUCGGUCACGACCCAUCUACAUUCCACACCAUACGUUGAAGUUAACAACGAAAUUCCUCUAAAAUCAAUUUCCAGAGCAACCGUAGCUGCCGAUGUAUCGCUUGUUCUAUCAACUAUUGCUCCCAUUGGGAUCAGUACAGUAUCCACCUUGGCACCACCAAUAAUCAGAGAUGUUUCUAAUGUGGAAACAGGUCUGAGAAACACCGGAAUCAAUAUAGUGUCUACAUUAUUACCACCAAUAAUUAGAGAUACUCCUCCCAUAACUGGGAACAUUGGAGUCAACGUAGUGUCUACGUUAGCGCCACCCCCUAGUGAUUUGGGUAAUAUAAGAGGUUAUGCUGGAUCCAGUUCAGUUUCUUCAACAGUGAGAGAUUUUCGUCCUGUGGUUUCCUCUACAAGUCGCCCACCAGAAUUUUGGAACCCUGAUAUUUAUGAACAAGUCAAAUUACAGGUGCCAACGCCUCUUCCCGUAAGUAGAUUCUCCACUGCUCAUAACAGAGUUUUGGCAACCCCAGCCUCACCUAACAGCUUCAGUGAAGACAGUAACAUUGUUCAACCAGCUUCCUCAUAUGGGUUCAUUGAUAAUUCAGCAAGAUCUGACCAAGAUUCCUCAACGUUCUCGCCUGGAGUUAUUUAUUCAUCAACUGUGGGACCUCCGCCUAUUGUCACCCACGACACUCCAGUUUCAAGUGAAAAUAUACAAGGCCUAGAUGAAAAUCUUCAAAAUACUAAACAAAUUAUCAAUACCAAUGUUGGAGCCAAUUUACAACCAGGUUCUUCCAAUGAAUUUAUUAGAAAUUCGCCUUUCUCCGGAGAAAUUUCUCCUACCCCAAGCCCUAGAGUAAUAUAUUCAUCAGAAUUCCCGCCAGGAUCAUCUUUUGGUAAUGAUGUUGCCUUGCCGGAUGGAAAUAUUCACAGACUUGAAGAAGCAGUUGUAAGUAACGGACAGUUUUUUAUUGACCCGACCAACAUUCCAUCACGAAAUAUCAUACCACCAGAGAUAGGUCGUCUUCCACCUGUUUCCAAUGGAGCUACAGACUUGGGAACAACCGUACAAGUUUCUUCAGUUCCAAGAGCUCCUGAACUACUCUCGCCUGAGUCACCCAACGUUCAAAGAAUCGAUAACGCAGGAAAUGGAGCAGCUUAUAACUACAGGAACAUCCCUGAUCGAAGUGAAGAGAAUCUGCAAAACGAGAUAAUUCUUUCUGAUUCCGGACGGGAUUUGAGUAAUGAGGUAUAUCAACUGCCGGUUGGAUUUACUUCCAAUGUUCCCCUGUUGAGAAACACGAAUCCUAUAGUUGACAGUAGAGAUUUUCGAAGGCAAUUCGCACAAGUUCAAUCACCUCUCGCACCUGAUAGUGGUUAUCCUCUUAGGCCAGGAGAUUAUGAUGACAGUGGUUCUGUUAAUUUAUGGAAUAGGUAUGGCCGUACGGCCCAGCAUAAAAACCAGUGAAAGUUUUUAUGUUCUCGGUGAUUAAGACUAGUCAGUUCAUACAAAGAGGUGGGGGAUAAUUAGUCUGGCACUGUUAUUUGUGUCUGCAAUUUCAUAUUUUGUGUUCUUAUUAUAAUUUAUUUGAGUUUCAAUAAACUAUAUAUGAUCAA